UAUAGUGGUAACGCCGUUUACAGUUGUUUUCUCUCAUUUGCGCAUUUUACUAAAAAGCGGUGGUAAACUUAAGACUAGUAGGAAAGCCAAGAUUUCUAAGAAUAAUUGUUAAAAUUAUAAAGCGUUGAAAUCUGUUCACACUUGAAAACCGAAAUGGUAGAAAGUGAUUCCGAAAACGCUAAUUCAAGUGGUAGUAAUGAAAGUAGUAGCAGCGGCAGCAGUUCUAAUUCUAAGGAGAGCGUGAAAAGCGUGAAAAUGAAAGAAGCAGAACCUCAACAUGUUCAAAAGGACGGAAAAAGUGCUGCAAAAUUUAAAUCGCGCUGGGAUCAAAGAAAUGAAUUUACGCAAAGCCAGCCUGCGGUGAAAAAAGAUGACUGUGAAUUAGAUAAGAUUAACAAUGAGAAGAAUUCGGAAUCAUCGAAACUAAUUUUGAUGAACGAGAAGCACGCGAGGGGUGAAAAUUCCGCAAAUGCCACAAGAACCCCUUUAAAUGACAACGAAAGCAAAGUCAAUCCGAGGGAAGGUACUGCUAAGAUUCAACAUGAACAUGAAGCCAAGACAAAAGAAGUUUGCGAAGACCACCAUAAUAACACCAAAGCUAUCAAUGUAAAUAAAUUAAGUUCUUCUUCAACCAGUGCCAGCAAAGAAGUUGAAAAUUCACAAAAAGUUAAAAGCACUGACGAAUCGGUCGGAAAAUUAAUAUCUCGCAGCCGUUCAAGAUCUUCAGAUAGAGAUGAUUCAACUGCUAGAAAGCGGGACAAUCAUAGCAGACAUAGCCGUUCUCCUAAAACCAAACGGGAUCGUUCUAAAUCGAACUCUUUUGAGCGCAGAUCGAAAAAGCAGCGAGAAAGAGAACGUUCACAUUCCGAAGAAUCUAAGCUACGGCGUUCCAAGCGCUCGGAAUCUUUGGAGAGAAGAAGAGAGGAACGUCGCAAACGUCAUGCCGAACGGGAGGAUCGGGGAAGGCCCAAUAAACGUAGCGUUUCGAAAGAACAUCAAAUCAUUUCAAGUGCCUCUGUCGCUGACAAAAGCAAGGACGACGGGGCAGACAAAAUGACCGAACGUCAACGGCGUACAGUUGAUUUAUUAACUUCUCGCACUGGGGGUGCGUAUAUUCCGCCUGCCAAGUUGCGAUUAAUGCAAGCCGAAAUAACAGACAAGUCAUCAAUUGCCUAUCAGCGGUUAGCAUGGGAAGCGUUAAAAAAGUCGAUACAUGGUUAUAUUAAUAAAGUAAAUGUCGAUAAUAUUGCCAUCAUUACCAGGGAAUUACUCAAAGAGAAUAUCGUGCGAGGUCGCGGUCUCUUGUGCCGUUCAAUCAUACAAGCUCAGGCUGCAUCUCCCACUUUCACUCAUGUUUACGCCGCUCUAGUUGCAAUUAUUAAUUCGAAGUUCCCAAAAAUUGGGGAGUUGUUACUGAAACGCUUAGUUAUACAAUUUAAAAGAGCUUUUCGCCGCAACGAUAAAAAUGUUUGCUUGUCUUCUACACGUUUCAUAGCCCAUAUUGUUAAUCAGCGCGUAGCUCACGAAAUACUAGCUUUGGAAAUAUUGACAUUACUUGUCGAAAUGCCAACUGAUGAUUCAGUGGAAGUGGCGAUCGCGUUUUUAAAAGAAUGUGGCAUGAAAUUGACUGAAGUCUCUUCGAAAGGCACUGGGGCCAUAUUUGAAAUGCUGAAGAACAUAUUGCAUGAAGGCAAAUUAGAUAAACGUGUUCAAUAUAUGAUUGAAGUGGUAUUCCAAGUACGAAAGGAUGGAUUCAAAGAUCAUCAAUCCGUAAUUGAAUCGCUAGAAUUGGUAGAGGAAAAUGACCAAUUUACUCAUUUGUUAACGCUGGACGAGGCCACCGAUCCGGAGGAAUCGUUGAAUGCUUUCAAAUUUGAUGAAAACUUCGAAACGAAUGAGGAUAAAUACAAAGGUUUAAGCCGUGAGAUAUUAGGUAGCGACGCCUCCGCUUCCGAUGGCUCCUCUUCCAGUGCCGGUUCUGCUUCUGAAUCCGACGGCGCUUCGGACAGUGAUGAUGAUGGUGCUGAUAAGCCCGCCACUUCUGGCGACAUCAUCGAUAACACUGAAACUAAUUUGAUUGCAUUGAGAAGAACUAUUUACUUAACUAUUAAUUCCAGUUUGGAUUAUGAGGAAUGCGCCCAUAAACUAAUGAAAAUGCAGUUAAAACCAGGUCAAGAAAUUGAACUUUGCCACAUGUUUCUGGAUUGCUGUGCGGAGCAACGAACAUACGAAAAGUUUUAUGGCUUGCUGGCCCAACGGUUUUGUGCCAUAAACAAAAUCUAUAUAGAGCCAUUUGAAGAAAUAUUUAAAGAUACUUAUCAGACUACCCAUCGAUUAGAUACGAAUCGAUUACGCAAUGUAAGCAAGUUUUUUGCACAUCUCUUGUUUACCGAUGCCAUUGGGUGGGAUGUAUUGGAGUGUAUUAAAUUGAACGAGGACGAUACCACAUCUUCGAGCCGUAUAUUCAUUAAAAUACUAUUCCAGGAAUUAGCCGAAUAUAUGGGCCUAAGCCAGCUGAAUCGUAAACUUAAGGAUGAAGCUUUGAUUGAAAGCUUAGCUGGUGUCUUCCCAAAAGAUAACCCGCGAAAUACGCGAUUUUCUAUUAAUUUCUUCACGUCCAUUGGUUUAGGUGGUUUAACGGACGAAUUGAGGCAAUUUUUGAAAAAUGCCCCCAAAUCAGUUCCGGCAAUAAAUGCUGAAAUUUUAGCUAAUAAACCAGUAAAGGUAACGACGGAGUCCUCUUCCUCUACAAGUGCUAGCUCGUCGUCCACAACGUCGUCAUCGUCGUCGUCAGGUUCUAGUUCAUCAUCGUCGUCAAGUGACAGUUCAAAUUCUUCAUCUUCGGAAUCCUCUACAGACUCUAAUUCGGAUUCUAUCCUCAAGAAAGUAAAAGGCAAGAGGAAGGGCAAAUCGAAUAAAAAACAAAGGAAAAAUUCCAACAUAAAAAAUAAAAAGCACAAAACGAAAAAGUCAAAAAAAAAAGAAAAUAAAAAGUCAAAAAAGAAUAGAAAGAGACAAAAAAAACGUCGACAGGAAAGCAGUUCCUCAUCUUCGGAAAGCGAAUCAAUUUCGGAUAGCAUGAGUUCAUCAAGUAAUAGUAGUCGCAGCAGUGGGAGCAACAGCAAAAGCAAAACAAGAAAGACAACCGAAGCAAAAAUAAGUGCAAAACCUGAAGAACGCGCAGACGAAAAAGUUAAGCAUCAGAAAGACGUUAAACGUCGUAAACAGCAGGACGAAAAUGGUUACGAUGAGAAAGUUGAUGAAAACCGCGUGGAACAAAGAGAACGUGAACUGUUGCGGAGGCGGGAAGAAAGGGAGAGACGUCAUAGAGAAAGAGAUCAACAAGAAGAAUGCAAGAAAGUUCGCGAACGAAGUGAACUAGAACGGUCGCCUGGUGAUAGAGAUCGUCGUCACAAUAGGGAUCGCUAUCGCGAUACUGAUCGUUACGAAGAACGCAGACGUCAGGAUGAACGUGAUCGAACUCGUAGCCGUAGUCGUGACCACCGCAAACGUGAGACCUAUGCAAAAAAGCAACACGAAUAUGAACGUUCAAGGAUACGCACAACAUCUAAAGAAAGAGGUUAAUUUUAAUUAAAGUAGCCCUUGCAGACGAGUUACAUUUAAGCUAAGAAUUUUUUUAUUUGUACAAAAAGGAAAUUUUCGUUAUAUGUUGCAGUUGAUGCAAGUAUUUAACAAUCAUUGACUAAAAUAAAAAUGUGUGUGCAAUUCA